CUCCGCAAACACAUCCCGCGCGCGCCUCGGCGACGCCAACCCCGAACCUGUACUGCAGAGCAGCACCGCGGGCGCACCACCUCCAUUCAGGCUAGACGACGGAUCCAUGGCUGGAAGCUCCCGUAGGCUCCCGCUUCUCCCGGUGCUGGCGCUUGCCGCCGUUCUCUUUCUGAUCGCUCCCGGCGUCGCGGAGGCGGCGCCGGAGCUGGUGUUCCACGUCGGCGGUCCGCGCGGGUGGCGCGUCCCCGAGGUCGGCACCAACUACGGCUGGUGGGCCAUGAACAACCGCUUCCACGUCGGCGACGAACUCUACUUCAAGUACACGAACGACUCUGUUCUGGUCGUGGACCGGGAGGCCUUCGACGCCUGCAACGCCACGGAGCCGCUCACCACGUUCGCCGACGGCGCCACCACGUUCCGCCUCGACCGCCCGGGCUUCUUCUGCUUCAUCAGCGGCGAGCCGGGCCACUGCGAGGAGGGGCAGAGGCUCAUCGUGCGCGUCAUGGUGCACCCGGCCGUGGCCGCGUCCCCGGCGCCUGGCCCGGCUACGUCCGCGCAGCCGGACCACGGAGGGUCUGGCGGCCGCCCCUGGCCGUCCGGUUGGCCGGGCGCGGCGUCUGGCGCCGCCACGGUUCCUACCGGCGUCGCAUUCGCGGCGGCGAUGGCUGCUCUUGUUUGUUUCGUCUUGAUGCUUCAGUGAUCAGUUUGCUGCGUGCAAACUCGCGUACGUAGUAGUUUAUGCUUUGUUAUGUUUGAUUUC